UCGAUGGGAGCGUUUAUAUAGUUCCGGAAGCAUGUUUUAGAAGCAGUCAACAUAAGCAGAAAACACCGGCUGGAUGUGAAUUUUAUGUUGUGACAGUUUUGCGAUAGCAAAAAAAGGAGCUGAGCAAAAGGAAAAACAGAUACGUUCACUCGAGAUAACAUAAAUUUCCCACAAUAAAGCGUAAUGGCAGCUCUUAAAUAUGCAGGCUUGGAUGACACUGACAGUGAAGACGAGUUACCACCUGGAUGGGAAGAGAGAACUACAAAGGAUGGAUGGGUGUACUAUGCAAAUCACGAAGAAAUGAAGACGCAAUGGGAGCACCCUAAGACGGGGAAGAAGAGACGCUGUGCUGGAGCUUUACCUUAUGGCUGGGAGCAGGAGACGGAUGAGAAAGGACAAAGUUUCUAUGUCGACCACAUCAACAAACGGAGCACGUACUUCGACCCCCGGCAGGCCUUCACCGUGGAGGAUGUUCAGGUGAAACCGAAGAGGUACGAUGGCAACACUGCAGCCUUGGAGAUUCUACAGGGUCGCGAUCUCUCCGAUAAGGUGGUGGUCGUCACUGGAGCCAACUCAGGCAUUGGUUUUGAAACCGCGAAGUCCUUUGCUCUCCACGGAGCUCGUGUCAUCCUGGCAUGCCGGAACAAGACCCGUGCUGGCGAAGCCGUCCGCCUCAUUCUGGAGGAGUGGCACAAUGCCCAGGUAGAAGCCAUCACCUUGGACCUGGCCUCGCUGCGCAGCGUCAAGGAGUUCGCUCAGGCCUUCAAAGCCAAGAACCUGCCACUGCACAUUCUGGUGUGUAAUGCAGGGGUGUGCACCCAGCCCUGGAAGAUGACGGAGGAUGGACUGGAGUCCACCUUCCAGAUCUGUCACCUGGGCCACUUCUACCUGGUGCAGUGCCUGCAAGAUGUGCUGCGUCGGUCGGUCCCCGCCCGCGUAGUGGUGGUGUCCUCGGAGUCCCACAGGUUUACGGACCUGGUGGAUUCAUGUGGGAAGGUGGACCUCCCGCUCCUGUCCCCUCCUAAGAAGGAGUACUGGUCCAUGUUGGCGUACAACCGUGCCAAGCUCUGCAACAUCCUGUUCUCCAAUGAGCUCCAUCGACGGCUUUCACCGCAUGGCGUCACUUGCAACGCAGUUCAUCCCGGAAACAUGAUGUACACCUCCAUUCACCAGAGCUGGUGGUUGAUGACGCUGCUCUUCAACUUGGCACGGCCCUUCACCAAGUCCAUGGUAAGACCGGAAAGUCCUGCACCUUUUUGCUCUCUUUUGGCCAGCUGGUCAUUCCUGUAACAGGUCGGUUGUGUCUUUGGUGGGUCUAAGCUUUCACACAAUCCCAAGGUGUUCGUCUGAGGCUCUCUGCUGGUCUGUUGCAAUGUUUGGUGGGAGUGUACUGGUUGCUUAAUAGCUAUUAGCAUUUGAUUCCCCUUUGCACUGACGUGAGGGAGAUUUUCUGCGUGUUUAUUAAUUACACAAUGCCUCUCUUUAUUCUUGUGAUGAAGGCUGUGGUGAACUUGAUGGCUCCUGAGAAUAUGAAGCCUGGACCUGAUUGCUGGGUGCUGGAGUAGAUGUUGCAUUUGAGUGGCCCAUCGGUGACAUGCAGGGGGUGUCUGUAUGUGCUUUGCUGUACAAUUGCUCUUUCAGCCUCUCUGUUGUUCUUGGCCUUCCUCUGAGCACAAGAGGAACAGCUUUUGUUGAGUGCUGAUUGCUGGUAACAAGAAAAUCUUUGGGAUCCCUGGAAGAGCCAAUUGGUUCUGCCUUCUCCUCCUGUCCCAGAGUCCCUUUCCCUCGGUUUAUUUUGUUUUGUAAACGGCUUCUCCAUGCGCCAGAGCAAGCAUAAGCCAGGAGAGUAUUGGGUUUCGGGAUUUGGACUCACUCCCUCUCGGUCCUUGCCUCGGAGCUGGCUCCCGUUUCCAGCGAACAAGCGUCCCAGCAGGCAGGACAUACGCUGCCUCACUCUGCACCUCUGCAGGCCACUGGAUACCCCCGACCCGAGAGACUCGGAGGACGCACUGUGCUGUGCCGUGUGAAGCAGGACAGGCCCAAGCGGGGGCCGAGCCACGCUGGGGUGCCGGUAUUGUGCCGCUUGUGGCGAAUGGUGGUCCAUCUAAGAGCAGCAGGUGCCUGUUUGAUAAUUUAACAUCUGUGAUUUAUCAAGUUAAUUUCACCUGCCAUUCGUAGACUCCCGCCAUGGUGGAAAUAAAAGCCAUUUGCUAAAAAUGAAAAUGAAAUUUAGGAUAGGAAAGUUUGGUAUAAAAAUAGCAGCAAGUACUGAGGACCCAGCCUUUAUGUAUAAAAC